AUGUCAAGAGAAAUCCAGGCUUCUAAGGAGCCUGCCAAUGCUGAUAAGCCAGCUGCUCAAAAAGUGUCCAAGGCCGGAUCCUUCAUGGCUGGUGGGUUGGCGGCGUGUAUUGCGGUCACCGUUACAAAUCCAAUUGAGUUGGUGAAGACAAGAAUGCAACUGCAGGGUGAAAUGACCACACAUGGCCAGAAAAUCUAUAAGAACCCUGUGCAGGCGCUAGGUGUGAUUUUCAAAAAUGAGGGAGUGCGCGGCCUGCAGAAGGGGUUGUCGUGUGCAUACAUUUACCAGAUUGGUCUAAAUGGGUCUAGGCUAGGAUUCUAUGAGCCUAUAAGGGCGCUACUGAACCGAACAUUCUAUCCAGCAUUGGAUCCACAUAAGGUUCAGAAUGUGGCAGUCAAUGUAGCCUCGGGCGCUACAUCCGGUAUUAUCGGUGCCAUUAUGGGGUCACCAUUAUUUUUGAUUAAGACUCGUAUGCAAUCGUAUUCCAGUGCAGUGAAGGUCGGCCAGCAAACUCACUACACUUCAAUUGCAAAUGGUCUAUCUACCAUUUACCGCGCUGAAGGUAUAAAAGGUCUAUUCCGCGGUGUUGAUGCCGCCAUUUUAAGAACGGGUGCGGGUUCUUCCGUGCAGCUACCAAUCUAUAACACGGCUAAAGGAUUUCUGCUCAGGAACAAUAUGAUGAAAGAGGGCACGGGGCUGCAUCUUGUGGCCAGUACAAUCUCCGGUCUUGGGGUUGGCGUGGUCAUGAACCCAUGGGAUGUGAUUUUGACAAGAGUUUACAAUCAAAAGGGCAACCUGUAUAAGGGACCCCUAGAUUGUUUCAUCAAAACAGUCCGCAUCGAAGGUAUAGGUGCUCUAUACAAGGGUUUUGAGGCUCAAAUAUUUAGAAUCGCCCCGCAUACCGUACUUUGUUUGACAUUCAUGGAACAAACAAUGAAACUGGUUUACGCCGUGGAAAGCAAAGUAUUGAGCUCUUAG